CUCGUCUUUCUCUUUCUUUCUUGAUCUCGAACAAUCGAUCUCUCGAGUGCUGUUCAAUGGCUACAUUGCGAUCCUUUUGCAGCUUCAAACCCUCGGUUCCUUGGAUAUCGAGAAGGGAUGGAUGUCGUCGAGCUCUGGAUUUGAGAUCUACUCCUGAUCGCCGGCGACCAUCGGGUCUUGUCUUGUCUGCGGUGGUGAGUGCUAAUGUGGUGGGAGAUUUGGUGGUGCGCACGGGGGAGUACCUGCCGGAGGAUUAUGGGACGCAUUUUCCGGCUCGGGAGGAGGGGAAGAGGAGAGCUGGGGUGCUUCUUCACCCGAGUUCACUGCCUGGGCCGUAUGGGAUUGGGGAUCUCGGUGAGGAGGCCAUUCGGUUCUUGGAUUGGCUUCAUUCAGCUGGUUGUUCAGUCUGGCAGGUACUUCCUCUUGUUCCUCCAGGGAGAAGAGCCAAUGAAGAUGGAUCACCUUAUGCCGGACAGGAUGCCAAUUGUGGAAACACUCUGCUGAUUUCACUUGAAGAGUUGGUCAAAGAUGGAUUAUUGAUGAAGGAUGAACUUCCAGAACCCAUGGAAAUGGAGCGUGUUCAAUUCAAGGCCAUUUCAGAAAUAAAGGAUCCUUUGAUAGCUAAAGCUGCAGAGAGGCUCAUUUUAAGUCAAGGAAAGCUUAAAGAGGAAUUUGAGAGAUUUUGUAAAGAUCCUGGAAUCUCAGGGUGGCUUGAAGAUGCAGCUUUUUUUGCUGCAAUUGAUCGCCUUGUUGAUACAUUCUCCUGGCAUGAGUGGCCCGAAUCCCUAAAAAAUAGACAUCUGAGAGCCUUGGUAGAGAUUCAUCAAAGCGAAAAACACUUCAUGGACAUAUUUACUGCUGAGCAGUUCCUAUUCCAAAGGCAAUGGCAAAGAGUUCGUGCACAUGCAAAAGGUUUAGGAAUUAAGAUAAUGGGUGAUAUGCCAAUUUAUGUGGGAUAUCACAGUGCUGAUGUUUGGGCCAACAAAAGUUCUUUUUUACUUGAUAGGAGUGGUUUUCCUGUCCUUGUUAGUGGUGUUCCUCCUGAUGCCUUCAGUGAAACCGGUCAGCUUUGGGGCAGUCCUCUGUAUGAUUGGAGAGCUAUGGAGCAUAAUGGAUUUGCAUGGUGGAUACAGAGAAUUAAGCGUGCAAUUGAUCUUUAUGAUGAAUUCAGGAUAGAUCAUUUUCGAGGCUUUGCUGGGUUUUGGGCUAUACCAUCUGAAGCAAAGAUCGCGACCUUUGGAAGAUGGAAGGCUGGACCAAGGAAAGCCUUCUUUGAUGCCGUCGUUAAAGCUUUGGGGAAAAUUGACAUCAUUGCAGAGGACCUGGGAGUGAUAACAGAGGAUGUUGUUCAGCUAAGGAAAGAUAUUGGAGCUCCAGGAAUGGCUGUCCUCCAGUUUGCUUUUGGAAGCGACCCAGACAACCCUCAUCUGCCUCACAAUCAUGAACCAAAUCAAGUUGUAUAUACCGGAACCCAUGAUAAUGAUACGAUUAUAGGUUGGUGGCAGAACAUAAGUGACAAAGAAAGAUGCAGUGUGCAAAAGUAUCUUUGGAUGGCAAAUGAAACGAAUAUCUCAUGGGCAAUGAUUCAUGCUGCUAUCGCAUCUGUUGCUCGAAUUACUGUCAUACCAAUGCAAGACAUACUUGGUCUUGGAAGUGAUUCCCGAAUGAAUACUCCAGCCACACAGCUAGGAAACUGGCGAUGGAGAAUACCCAGUGCAAUGUCUUUUGACAGGCUAGAGCCUGAAGCACAGAAACUCAAAGACUUGCUCUUUACCUACAAUAGAAUAUGAUCGAAGCCGGUUGGAUUUUGGUAGUUGUUCAUGUUACUGAAAUAAAGUCAUGCUGUGACAAAAAUAAAAAUCUGAGAAAUCAAACAUCGUCCAAACUGAGUUUUGUUUA